AUGUCUAUGCGGACAUCCAGCUAUGGGCCUUCUUACGCAGAAGGCACCUCAGACACUGCGUCAAUGUAUAGUAAUAGUACCAUUCCGACUCAAUUCAGCGACCCUAAUGAUGGUUUAUACAACCCAUAUCCUACCCUAGACCCUAGGGCGAUGGCUUUGCCGUGCGAGUUCGUCGGAUUUGGCUGUAACCAAACUUUUAGCUUCAGCGAAACUGAUGCUUGGAUCGAGCACAUAAUCGCUGGCCACCUCGGGGACAAACUCCCUUCUAAAGCUAUUUGUUGGUUCUGCGACACAGAGUAUUUUGACUCCAAGAGGCCCGAAGUUGGAGGUGACCGCCGCCAAAACUUCGAUAAUAGGAUGUGGCACAUCCGUGAACACUUCACAGAAGGAAAAACAGUUCAUGACAUACGUCCUGAUUUCCACAUGGUUGAACAUCUGCAUCGCCAUCAGUUUAUCUCUGAUGAUACAUAUUUUGGGUACAUAAGGUGGAAUGACCUACCAUGCAGUCGUGAAGAGAUGAAGCAUGUCCGCAACCGUAACUUUGUGCCACCAGAGGUAGAGGCACGGAAUCAACGUUCGCAACGGGAUGAUGUAGAAAUUGUUAAAGAUGACAGACAACGGAAGAAAGCACAGGGACAAAAAGGAAAGGAACCUCGAGACAAACACAACCAUCGCCGAUAA